GACGACGGCUGUCUGUGCGCAUGUGCGGACCGGCUAAUCAGAAAACAACCAGAUCAAGAUGGCGUCUUCCAUGAGUGGGAUGUUCUCCGGCCAGCAGCCUCCUGGCGGGCAUCCCGUCGGGGGUCCAGGUGGACCGGGCCAGCCGACCUUCCCCGGUACUGCAACCAGAGCACAGGGAAAUAACACGCUGGUGGAUGAGCUGGAAGCUUCCUUUGAGGCGUGUUUUGCUUCCUUGGUAAGUCAAGACUACGUUAAUGGCACCGACCAGGAGGAGAUCAGAACAGGUGUUGAUCAGUGCAUACAGAAGUUCCUUGACGUGGCUCGACAGACUGAGUGCUUCUUCUUACAGAAACGGCUUCAGUUAUCGGUGCAGAAACCAGAGCAGGUGGUGAAGGAGGACGUGUCAGAGUUGCGUAACGAGCUACAGAGGAAAGAACUGCUGGUUCAGAAACACUUGACCAAACUGCAUCAUUGGCAACAAGUUCUUGAGGAUGUGAGCGUUCAGCACCGCAAACCCACAGACCUUCCUCCUCCUGGACCACUGGCCUUUCUGGAGCAGGCAUCUGCAAGUCUGCCUCCCGCCCCUUUAAAACCAAACUAAUACAUGAAUGGUCCUGUUGUGUCAGUCUUCAGUUUGAGGAAAAAAUGGCCCCUCUGUAAGAAAUCAUGUUCUGUGGGGAGUUCUGCACAAAGGUGUAAUGUGGCUGUUUUGCUACAAUACUGUGUCUUGUAAACCUUUGAAGAAACUGAAGAAUAGUCACUGCAUCCUGACAUUGUUAGUUUUAUGUUAACUUUAUUUCACUGUUUUUGAAUUAUGUAAAUAUUUCUGUUUUGGACUUUUUUACUGUAAAAAUAAAAUGAAAUUUGUGAGUACCUUGAA